AUGAGCUUCUGUCGCGGAUUAUUAGCAUCAAGGGGCAUCGUUUCGCUGGCAGCGAGAAAGGGCUUCGCAUCACAUCCAUUGGCUGGCCUACUUGGGCGUCUCAAUCAUGUUGCAAUUGCCACAAACGAUUUAGAGAAAGCUGCGAAAUUCUACAAAGAUCUUGGCGCAAAAGUCAGCGAGACUGUGCCACUACCAGAACAUGGGGUUUACACGGUUUUCGUCGAGCUGCCAAACACAAAACUUGAACUUUUGUUGCCGCUGGGUGAUAAGAGUCCUAUUCAGGCUUUCUUGAACAAGAAUAAGAAUGGUGGUAUGCAUCACAUCUGCAUCGAAGUUAAAGACAUCGAAAAAGCACUGAAAAGUGUCAAAGCUCUUGGAAUUCGUCCCCUCGAUGAGAAGCCAAAAAUCGGUGCCCACAACAAACCAGUCGUUUUUCUUCAUCCAAAAGAUUGUGGCGGAGUACUGGUCGAAUUGGAGCAGGAA